CAACUUUAUUUUCUCAUAGACCGGUUCAGAGCGACUAUUCGGAUGUUUGUGUCGUGGGUGACGACCGAGUACUGAGUACUGAGUAGCCAUCAUCACCCUCUUACUUCGACUUCGCCUUUUGCUCGCUACCCUCUCUUCGUCUCUGGUAGACGCUUCAACUUGGCUCGUUGACCGUUCGACAGCACUGCAUACCGCCACAUCACGACGCUGUGUCGCUAGGAAGGGGAGAAAUCAGGGCGAUUUGUCUCAAAUCAAGGCACUGCUCGCAACUGAGCAUGGGCGCCGACCUAUUAAGCGAUAAUGGGAACGUCGCUCUGAUUGCCUCGAGACUUAGAUAUGUUUCUUAUGUUGAAACUAUGGCACUUGUCUACAACAUCUGUGACCAUGCGCAUACUUUCGAAUGGGAGGCCAAGUAUAUGUGGACGAAGCAAAGGUCAGCCAUUCAGGCGGCGUAUUUCAUCGCUCGAUACCUAGGGGUCAUUGAUUUUCCUUUGAUGUUUAUUUACAAUCGUGCAUCUGGUCUUACCCCAACACAAUGUAACAUCAUAUUCGACCUCGCUGUCUCAACGGCACUGACUGGGACUGCCUGCGGAGAGGUAUUAAUGCUUCUUCGAAUUUAUGUUCUUGGAGGAUGUAAGAAGGCCAUUAGAUGGUACCUCCUGACGUUCUUCACGAUAAUAGGAUUCGUCAUCUUCCCUUUCUUUGGCCUGUUUCUCUCGUCUCUUGUCUAUGCACCCUCACCUCUUCCGAGUCAAAUCAGCUGCUACCUCCAAGAUGCGAACAAGUUUUAUCUCUCGAUGGUUUACGGUGCCAUAAGUUUAUACCAAAUCAUCGUCAUGGCUCUCUGCCUAAACUACGGCCUUUCGACAUUUCAGUACACGCGAAGCCAGUUGAUUAAGAUUUUCUACCGGGAUGGAACGUUCUACUCUAUGGGCUUUGCAGCAUUGUCUAUAGCUAAUCUUUUAAUCGUCAUUAUGGGACCUCCCGAAUUCAGAUUCCUCCUUCUAAUGCUUCAGCGGUCUCUUAAAUCUACCUUCUCGACGCGCAUCAUCCUCAAAAUGCGCGAAAUGGCGCACCACGACCUCGGUUUCCAGUCACGCAGCUUGGACCCCAUGGACACUACGACAGGUAUCGAGUUUGGAGAGAGGAGGUUUAACGAGAGGCAGAUCGACGUGAUUACAAAUGGACCGAGCGUUAGGAGUGCGAUGAGCUUUGGGAGGGGAAGUAGGAUCGUCUUUCACAAGGAUCGAGAGCCAGAUACGAAAAAGGAUGUUAUAGAAUUACCUUAG